AUGCACAUGCCUCCAAGCAUUUCAUCAAUGUGUGUAAACUCCACUUCCAAGGUAACAAAUGACGGCUUCGUGACUCAGGAUCGUCCAAAAGCCGUCAAAACCUGCCAAGUCAUGACCGUGACUUACGUGAGACCAAAGUUUCCCAUCCUCUCGCCCAUCUCCCCUAUUUUUGUGGGGGGCUCCCCCCAUCCUUGCGAUGUUGUGAUGGCACAGGGUCUCACGUUGCCCAACGGAUUGGCCCUCCUUCGUGCCAGGCUGAGUGACGAGCUGCUGUGUGAGGAUCUGCUGUGUGGCAGGUGGUGGGAAAUACCCUCAACGAGCUUGGGAGGCUUCGUUGGUCGUUCUUGUAGGAGGAAGAUGGUGGCCUGGAAGCCUGUGGUGAGGACACGGUAUACUGUCGAUCAUAGCCCUCUCUAUUCUACAUACUAG